CACUAAGACGACAAGGUUUUGUGUCCAGGGAUGCCCAGUCAUCCUACAAAGCUGAUUUCUGAAAAGGAGGGGACAGAUGCAUAACUUCUUCCCCAGUGGUGACCUGGGUCUGGGAUCUCAGACCAGAUGAUCUUGAGGGUCCCUUCUGAGAGCCACCGGCAAGAAAUGAAAGUGAAAUCAGGGGGUAGUGUCAUCAGUCAGCACAAAUGUGACAAAGUUCGGAGAGCUGUUUACUUAGGCACAACCGCGCCUGCCAGCCAGUCAUAAGCUCAGGGCUUCUGCUCCGGGCUGCACCGUUCCCGUCUCCACCGGCCUCCUUUCUGGAACCUGACAUUAGGAGGCAGCGAGAGAGAAGAAUCAAGCGAACCUGAUUUCCUGCUCCUCCUCUUUAUGAGCGUUUUGUGGGUUCUGCGUCUUCUUUUUGGUACCCAGGAAGGCGCCCCGUGAAGCGCAGGAGAAGAUGCCCGCCCUAAGGUCAAGGCGGAGUAACCGACUGCUGUUCCUGGGGAUCCUGGCGCUCACAGCCACAGCGAUCUUCCUGCUGCUCUUUGCUCUCCUCUGGAAGGCCGGCGACCUUAUCGACUUGCCCAACCUCAGAAUUGGCUUCUACAACUUCUGUCUUUGGAACGAGGGCACCGGAGCCCUACAGUGUCACCAGUUCCCCGAGCUGGAGGCCCUGGGGGUGCCUCGAGUCGGCCUGGCCCUGGCCAGGCUGGGAGUGUACGGGGCCCUGGUCCUCACCCUCUUCGUCCCCCUGCCUCUUCUCCUGGCCUGGUGCAACAGUAACGAGGGAGAGUGGCAGCUGGCCGUGGGCUUCCUGGCCACGUCCUCCGUGCUGCUGGCCAGCGGCCUGGGCCUCUUCCUCACCUACACGUGGAAGUGGUUCCGGCUCUCCCUCCUGGGGCCUGGGUUUCUAGCUCUGGGUGUUGCCCAGGGCUUACUCAUCCUCUUGCUUAUGGCCACAGUCGUGUUCCCUCAGAGGGCUAAGGACAGGAACUUGAGAGCUGCUAGGUCUGUCUAAAGGCUUCCAUGAUUGCAAGGGUUCUGUUUGAACUAUGCUCAGAGAAGGUGCCAGAGAAUUCACGGGCUGCUGUGUCUUCUCAGCCAUCCUGUUUCAUAGCUAAUGCCGACCGUAAGAUCUAGCAGACAGGACCCGCCGCGGAGGGGGUAGGGCACCCGACGUCAAGGACAAGAGGCAGCAAGGGCGGCCAGGGCUCCCUCGGCUUCUUAGUGUAGGGUUGUGUGUCCUCUGGGACUCGUAAGGUUCCCAAGGACACCCUAAAACCACACAGCUCAUUGUCACAAGAAUUCCUGCUUUAACUGACUGAUCUGAGCAAGCCAUUCUUACUUUAUCCUCAGAACAAUGGGGAGAUAAGGCUUCCUGUCACGGGGCCAGAUUUCCAGGACAAGUUGCCAAAUGCCAGACUGGAACCCAGUGAGGGUUUAUGAAGAAACACCUCAGGGUCCCUGGGGGCCCUGCCUGGCAAGCUCCCCAUCUCCAUCCAAGGCGGGUAGAACGCGGUGAGCCCCUCACCUCUGACAACGCUCCCAAACGACCAGGAAUAAUCUGAGGGAUUCACCGAAGACAGAACACAUGGACACAAAGAGCAGCCUUGGUGGCUUUGAAGGUUCCCCUGAAAAGGCUCCCAGACCUGAAGCCCGACAGAGCAGGGGUCAGCGGGCAGAUCACUCCCAGCACGUGACCUGGGAGUUCAGGAGCUGAAGACACCGGGUCCCUGGUCAGGAGGAAGGCGAACAGGACUGAACGGUUCCACAUCCACGGGAAUGCCGCACCCCCUCACCUCUCACCCCGGGCCCAGAAAGGAUACAAGCACAUCUCAGCACUGGGGAACUCUGUGUAUUUUUCAGCACCUAAUAUCUAUUGAGAACCUGUACAGCAUGUGAUUGCAUCAGCAUAUGCCUGUCAAAAGCCACACUGAAUACAGAAGCAGAAACACGGACUCUAGUGUGAUGUCUUGUCCUUGGUGUCUCCUUUGGGUUCCUGUCCCACUCUUGCUUUCCGACUGUCCAGGGACCAAGGCCGAGGUCACGCAGUGGCAGCUCGGGGUGGGGAAGAGGCCUGAUUGGUCAGGAGGCUUCCCAAUCUGUACGCCGAGCCUCAGGCUCUUAGACGGGGCCCAGCACUGUGGCAGGAUGUCUGGUUCAGGGCUGGACGAGCAAGGGCUCACAGACUGAUCGACUGCCUCGCAAUGGAAGCUAUUUUUAAAAUAGGCUUCCUCCGAAGGGAGGCCAAACAGUAGGAAUUCCAGUGUACUUAGCAGCCAUACUUGCUUUUCUCUAAACAUUAUUGACUCUUUGGUUCCACCAAGUUGAUAAGCACAACCUCAUCUCCCUGGAAUCAGGUAACUACAACAGGCCGCGGGGACUCCAGACCCUCCGAGCGAGGAGAGAGCACAGCGCAGGGCGGGUUUCUAACGGGAGCCCGUUCUGAUCCCUCGCUG